UGGUGGGCGUGGCUAGGUGCCUUAUCCUCCAUUACAACAGUCUGAGGUCUAUCUUAGAGGCAUUUUUUAGCGAAAGGAAUCAGCUUUGGGAUUAGAACACAGGUCUGAUAUCUCCACCAGUCUAUGCCACCUCCAGACGUGCGCACCAGCUUGCCUGUCUUCUCUGUCCAUCUCCAUUGAGGCUUCCUGCCACGCUUAUUACGUAGCCCUAUCCUCCUCAUGGACUCUGACAGCUCCCAUUCCUCUCUCUAUAGAGGCUUAAGCUCAGCGUUCAGUUACUCAAUCCAACGAGCAGCAUCCUCUUUCUCUGCCUUUGUCUCUAGCUGGUAGACAUGGCAUGGACCCUUCUUAUCGUACGAGAAGCAGCCCCAGAACAUAAACUUAGAGUAUCCCUUCCACCUCUCACGGAUACAGCUCUUAACUACUCUCUCAUCUGCCUUUCUCCAGACUCUAUAGCCCCCACGUCGGUGGUUAAUUACUACCGACGUCUCGUCUGUCCAGAUAACAUUCUUCCAGUCCUCCAACGUCCAGUCCUUAUACUCUAAUGCCUACUUAAGACGAGCACUCCUCAUCUCCUGUGUCAACCC